UCUUUUCUGAGAAUUUUGAGCUCUUUACUGAGAUUUUUUGAGCUUUGCGAAAAUGGAGACUGAGAAACAGCUCGCACAUACGCAUCCUUUGUACGUUCAUCCGUCGGAUACUCCGGGAUCGACUUUGAUUCCAACACAACUAACCGAAUCAGAUAAUUUCGGACUAUGGCGAAGAUCGAUGUGUAUCGCCUUACAAGCUAAGAGAAAAUUGGGGUUCAUAACUGGCACUUGCAGAAAGGAUCAAUUCAGUGUAGAUCUGCAUGAAGAUUGGGAAACAUGUAAUGCGAUUGUGCUGUCCUGGAUCAUGAACACAGUGUCGAAGAAUCUCCUUAGUGGAAUUGUAUACACAUCAAAUGCACAUCUGGUUUGGGAAGAUCUCAAAGAGCGAUUCGGUAAAGUGAAUCGAGUUCGCAUUUUCCAAUUGCAUAGAGAAAUAGCUACGAUUUCUCAAGGGCCUGACAUUGUGGAUGCAUAUUUCACCAAAUUGAAGGAGCUUUGGGCUGAAUAUGAUGCUUUAGUGCCUUCACCAGGUUGUGAUUGCGCAAAAUCGAAGGAUUACAUCGAACACUUACAACGACAGAGGUUACUUCAAUUUCUUUCUGAUUUAAACGAAUCGUAUGAACAAGCGCGAAGACAAAUUCUGAUGAAAACAAUUGAGCCUACAUUGAACCAGGCUUAUGCCAUGAUAAGUGAAGAUGAAGGACACAUGUCCAGUUCAUUUGGAAUAACAGGAGGAAGAGGUGAUCUGAUAGCUAUGCAGGUUGGUCGCGGACAACCAUAUAGAGGCAAGAAACCUUUCAUGCAAUGCACACAUUGUGGUCUCAAGGGGCAUCUGAAGGAGAAAUGUUACCAGCUGAUUGGUUAUCCAGCAGACUGGAAAGGGAAGAAAGUUAUGGCUAAUGCGGUUGCUAUGACUAAUACAGUUGCUAUGGAUACAAAUGUUGGCAGAAGUUUUGUAGCACAAGAGAGAGUAACUCCUGGACACUACUACAAAGGUGAACAACUAGGAUACUACCACAAUGGCCAAUAUUAUUCUUUCACAGAAGAACAACACAAGCAGGUUUUGGGGAUGUUACAUGCUAAAAGGGACACUGGAGAGCAUCAAGGCAAUCUGGCAGGAUCUUUACAGUGGCAGGGUGAGGGGGAUUGGUAAGGAACAAUGUGGCUUGUAUGUUCUGAAGCAAGAUAAUCGUAAGAAGGAUAUGACUACUUUAGUAAAUAAUGCAGUUGUAGAAGGAAGAUGCACUGAUGGAAAUCUAUGGCAUAAGAGGCUAGGGCAUGCAUCAACUAAGACUAUGAAGAGUUUAAGUUUCCUACAAAAUAAAGACUUGAAUGUCGCUGCAAACAAUGACUGUCCAGUCUGUCCACUAGCUAAACAUAGUAGAUUGGUUUUUCCUAUUAGUUCUACUAGAAGCAUGAUACCUUUUGAGUUGCUGCACAUGGAUGUAUUGGGUCCUUACAAGACUCCUACCCAUGACAACAAACAUUAUUUCUCACUAUUGUUGAUGACCAUACUAGAUUUACAUGGAUCUACUUGUUAAGUCUGAAAAGUGAUGUAAUUGUGGUGCUUAGAACUUUUCUAUCUCAAAUAAAGACUCAGUUUGCAUCUGUUGUGAAGAUUGUUAGGUCGGACAAUGGUACUAAAUUUUUUAACAAAAAUUGUACUAAUUUAUUUACUUCAUAUGGUAUUAUUCAUCAAAGUAGUUGUGUUCAUACCCCUCAACAAAAUGGGGUAGUUGAGAGGAAACACAGACAUAUCCUAAGUGUUGCAAGAGCUCUUAAGUUUCAAGCCAAUAUUCCUGCCAGAUAUUGGGGUGAAUGCAUUGAAGGAGCUGUUUAUCUGAUAAAUAGAUUACCCAGUGAUGUGUUGAAAGGUCAAUCUCCUUUCGAACUAUUAUAUGGAAAAACUCCUUUGUUCAGUCACUUGAAGGUAUUUGGUUGCAUGUGUUAUGCUACCAACCCAGUCAAGAUUGAUAAGUUUGGGGAAAGAGCCAAG